UAAAAAAAUUUAACAAAAUGAGAGGGACAGAGAGGGAUCGGCGAACUCACAGUUUAAUCCCCAACAAACUCCUCGUCGGGCUCUUCCCUUGGAUCUCUCUGCUUCCUUCCGAUCUCGGAAACCCGAAGGGCUCGCUUCUGCUGCGAUCCAUUCGAUUUCCUUUGAAGAAGUAAUCUCUACCUCCGCUGUUGUUCUACCCGAGGUUGUGCUCGCGGCGUGAGACGUCCGGGUAGGAUUUCUGAAGGGGAGUUGUUUUUUCUUUUCCUUCCUCCGGGAUGGCGUCGGCGAAGGUCAUUUCGAGUUCGGUCGCGUCGUCGCGCAAGCAAGGGCAUCUCGAAUUGGGCAAGAAGAAGUUGGAGGAGUUCCGGAAGAAAAAGACUGCUAAACAGGUUGCAUCUGCUGGUCAACUGCAGUCAGCUGAGUCAGACCAAUACCUUGAUACUUCUAAAAGCAAUCAGCAUAAUGGAGAAAAAUCUGUCAUGGAUAGAAAUGGUAAAAAUGUCGCCGAAACUUCAGGCACUACAAUGCCUAGUGAAGAUAAAAUAGUUAUUUCUUCCUCAAGCAGUGAUGUUGAUUCUUCAAAAGAAAAGUUUGUUUCUUCAUCUUCUUUGAACUUCAGCAAUCAUGGAUUACAGAAUAACUCUGUGCAAGAUAUUAAUGAUAGAGCAUCCAAAUCACAGGAGAACUCAACGUUUUCUGAAUUAUCUAACGGAUCUUAUGACCAUUGGGGAGAGAGAAAUGAGCUUAGCAGUAGCAAGGAAUCAGAGACUAGAUUAGUUGAUGGCUUCAGAAGAGAUCAAAUUAUUGCUUUUAAUCCAGCUAUUAAAGAGCCAUAUGUUGAUGCAUACAUUUACAAUUCAGGUUCUCAUUUGGACAAUGUUCAACUAAGUGAUAUAGAGCGCAGAAGUUCUUCCACAGCAUACAAGCAUGAUAUGGAUGUAUCAGUUGCUUAUGAUAGGAGCAAUCUUCCUAAGAAAAUGGAAACUGUUUCUGCAAGGAAUGCCUAUGGUCUUCUGAGCACAUCAACUAGUGUUUCUGGGGUGUAUGAUGGUAAUCGAGUCUCAGAUUUUGAUCAUGUCCAAAAACCAUUUGAAACUAGCAGCCUGAAUAAUAAAUUUGGUGCUCUUAGCAUGGGCGGAGGAAGAAUCGCUGAUGCCAUUAGUCGUCAUCUUGAUGCUGGGACAACAACUUUGCAGGCUCCAGAGUCUUCAUCAACUAGCUUUAGUCCUGGUUUUUCUAGCGAACAAUUUCCUUUGACUACUUAUGGAACCAUUCUUGGUCGAUACCAUCCUCCAUUUCUUGAUUCACUUAGUGUGCCCACUGUGCCUCCCAUAUCCAAUUCACUAAAUGGCAAGCAUGUUAGAGAUGCUACACAUGGAUUUUUUGACGAGUUCAAGAACACUGAGACUCGCUCAUCUUCAAUUCCAGUUCAUCCAUAUAGAGAGUUUUUUCUGGAAAAAUCCAUAAACUCUACAACUCUAGAUUCUACAAGGGAGAAGCUAUCAAAUUUUAAUAGUUUGACUUCUUUGAAUAAUGAACAACAGAUUAACUACAAAGCAAACGAUCAAGAUUUGCAAGACAUUGAGUUCACAUCUUUAAAGAAAGAUGAAGAUUUUGCUGCUUUGGAGCAGCAUAUUGAUGAAUUAACCCAAGACAAAUUUUCAUUACAAAGAGUGAUAGAGACAUCUCAAGCUCUAUCAGACUCCUUGGCUGCUGAGAAUACAUCAUUAACUGAUAGCUUUAACCAACAGGGCAAAGUAAUCAUUCAGUUAAAAUCUGACAUUGAAAGAUUGCAGGAGGAAAUAAAGGCACAAACGCUUGCACUGGAGGUUGUUAAGUCAGAGCGCACUAAUGCUCAGCUAGAAUGCAAUGCUGCUGAUGAGCGAGCCAAAUUACUUGCAUCUGAAGUAAUAAACAUAGAAGAGAAGGCACUAAGGUUGAGGUCAAAUGAGCUAAAGCUGGAAAAGGAAUUGGAGAACUUGAAAUCUGAUUUAGCAGCAUAUCAGCGUAAAGUUUCCAUUCUUGAGAAAGAGUGUCAAGAUUUUCAGUCUACUGUUGAUGCCUUACAAGAAGAGAAGAAAGUGUUACAAUUGAAGCUGAGAAAAGCAUCUGAUGAUGGAAAAGCCAAAGAUAUAGUAGAAAGUUCCGCUUCUAGACAAGAUGCAGCUACCUCCACAGAGGAUCUAGAUGUUGAGACUAGUAUCCAAGGAACAUCACUGCAGAAUGACAUAAAUAUGAUUCAGGAUGUCACACCAUUUGAACCUCUAUUUGGUGAAACUUCUUUAUCAUCUUCUCUUCGUGACAAUAGAGCAGUUGACCUUCCAGAUGCAUCUGCUGAUCUUCCACAAGAUCAGCUUCUAAUGAUUGAGAACAUCAGGGCAUUAAUAUCUGAGUUAGCUGUGGAGAAAGAAGAGCUGGUACAAGCUCUAAGAAUUGAAUCAUCUAACUGUUCCAAGAUGAAGGAAUUGAACAAAGAAUUGUCCCUUAAACUCGAGAUUCAAACCCAGAGGUUAGAACUCUUGACUGCUCAAAGAAUGGCCAACGAGAGUCACUUGGUAAAGCCAAUGGAUAACCAUGGUACACAUGAUACAGCUGAAUAUGCUGAUGAGGGGGAUGAGGUGGUGGAGAGGGUUUUGGGUUGGAUAAUGAAACUCUUCCCUGGAGGCACAGCAAAGCGUCGAACCAGCAAGCUUCUGUGAUUGGCAACACAGCAUAUCCGUGACUUUUCUUUUUCCAAUCAUUUUGAAGUUAUAUAUACAUGGAGAUCUGUAACUUGUACGUCUGCCGCUAGUAACCGUCAUUCUUUUACAUUGAAAAUUACAGCUACUGAGCUACACUUCCAUAAAUUGUGUGGAAGUACCCAAAUGGAUUGAAAAUAAACCAAGUUGCCUCCCACAUUCUUUUUUAUAUUCAUUCUCCUUUGGCCCUCUAUCUGGAGACGAUGCAAUGCAAGAAGCAACAGCCAUGUUACCUCCAUUCUAUGCUCUUACAGUUGCUGAUUCGUCCAAGGCAGUUUUUUCUAGGCCAGAACUGAGGCAGUAUUGAAAUGCUGAUUGAAAUUCUAAGGGUCAGUGGAGGUCAACUUAUAGCUCGAAACCUGAGCUCAUUAUGACCGGAAACACCGGAUCCUAACAUGAUGUAAAUUGAGUAAGGUUUCGCUUAUGUUUAUGUUCUUUUAUUCUGGCACAUGUUCUGAGUGUUCUUUGUAAAUGUUUGUCGGCCAUGAUAUAUAAGACAAAUUGUUUUGUGGUUAUUCAAUUUUGAAUCAGUGACUAGAUUAGAAUUUUAA